AUGGGAAUUUUUAUUGAAUUAUUUUUAGGUAUUUUGUUGGAAGAAGAUAGUCGUGUUGUUGAUCGAUCUGUUGCUACAUUUACACAAUAUAAACUUGAAGAAAAUAAAACAUCAUCAAUACUUUUUUCAUUUGCUGUUCGAGAAGCACAACGAGGAGAAGUAUAAUAUAAAUUCCAUUUAUUUUUUUCAUUAGCUUCAUACAGGCUUCGUAGUUGUCCUAUAUCUUCUGUAAUUCCUAUAUGCUUGAAAAUGGUCCUAUAAUAUCCUCUAUUUCAGACAUUUAUCCUAUAUUUCCUGUAUUCUCCAAAAAAGUUAAGAUUUUUUUAAAGUGUUAUAAAUUUUUUGGAGAAAAGGCAAGCAUGCCCAUUCACGUAUAGCUGGUUACAUCAAAAGCAAUAAACAUGAGACCUAUUGACAUUGUAUCGGUAUUUUUCAGUCCAUUAUCAUAUUUAUUGUCAUAAUUCAUUCACUCUUUCGAAACCGUUUAUGAAGAUGACUUGUGUAUUGAAGAGUUUAUAUCGAAUUUUCGUGUAGUAUUGUAUUGUCAAUUAUUGCUGCCAGAACUGAUGUUUCUUUUUCAGGAUAAAUCCACUACAAGUCAUUAAUGUGUGUCACGAUUGUCUUCAACAUAGCAAAUGAAAAUAUAUUCGUGCAUACUCGAGCUUCAUAUUUCGAGACUUGAAACUUGUAAAACGUUAUUCGAACGGUAGCUAAUGGUUCGAAAGAGAAAGACCGCGACUGAUGCAAUCUAAAGUACGAAUUGAAUAGUAGAGUUUUGUCCUUACCCCUUUGAAGUAGUUCCAUUCAUUGAACCAUUACCUCUACAAAAGAGAAUUUCACAAGCUUAAUUCUUCCUCGGGAUAGAACUGAAGAGAGUGAAUAAAGCAGAUGCUAGUAUAUUUUGGCUGUCCAUUUUCCACACUACACCAGGAAGAGCACAACCAAUGCUACCCAAUAGCACAGAUGAUUGAACGAUCAAUGCGCUAUAAUUUUCUUGAAGAAGACGUUACCUUUGAUAGAAAGACAAAUCAUACUAACAGUAUUUACUAAAUAUACGAUUCAAAACAUUAUUGUUUUCAAUCAUCUAAAUUGUAAUAUUGAUAACAAGACAAACGAUCACACUACUACAUGACUUUGAUGAGAUUAUUUAAAACUGUAUAAUUGAGACAUUGCCAUAUAUCAAGCAAGAUUUAUUUAAGAAUGCAACAACUAAGAGUUGAGAGUGUUCACGAACGACUUCACAUUCCGAGUUUUAUUAAGAAAUUAUCUAGUUUGAAUUUAUAAGAAAAUCAGAUGUAGUUUUUUAAACAGCAACACAAAAGACAGAAAAUUACAAUUAACACAACAAUCUGUGUCGCUUAAGCCCCCCCCCCCUUUCCGGAGUUUCUCGAGAACGGCUCAUCAGAAAAAUUUGAAAUUUUCACAGCUGAUAGAUCUCGAUGUGUAGAGUAAAAGUUGUCAUAGGCUCAAAAUUCCCAAAUGCUUCUUUCUAGGAAAUAUUGGGGGCAUAAUAGCUAAAAAUCAACUCCCAAAUCGCCUCCCGUUUCUCAGGCAUAGUAAAUCCGAUUGGGCUGAAAUUUUUUCCACAGAUAGCGGAGACAUUUUAGGGGGACUACUUUUUUGGUUUCUUUCUGUCCCAUAUCGUUCGAAUAAAAAAGCCAAAAUACGAAGAGCACCCUAAAAAACGCAUGCUUUUUCUGAAUAGUGCUUGUCUUAUAAGCCCUGCCAAAACUGAGCGAUACAAUAAUUUUCAAAACAAAAAAAAGUAGCCCCCUAGGGUGUGUGGGUGUGGGUGUGUGGGUGUGGGUGUGGGGUGUGUGGGUGGGUGUGGGUGUGGAUGUGGGUAUGGGUGGGUGUGGGUGUCGGUGAUGAGAAGAUAUCCACACCCACACCCCCCCCCCCCCCUCAGAAAUGAAGUCCCACUUGGGACCCUCCAUUUGGGCUGAAAUUUUUAGGGAUGAUUGGUCUUAGUGAGAAACGCUUAUGAUAAAAAUUUCAGCUUCACAUGUUCGACUAAAUCACAGUUUUGGUUGGUUUUCCUACCUUUCAGAAGAAUCGAAAUAACUCCGUCCGGAGUAGGGAUGCAGAGCUCGGACUGGUUUCAAAUUGUAGCUAGCCUCUGUACGCAACUUUUCAUCGGGCGGAAUUUUGAAAGCCCUUUCCAUUCAUUUUUUACGAGCGAUUUUGUGGGUAUGCUGGCAAAAUAAGCAUAAAAAAAGUGUGGUUCAACGACAAUAAACUUCACUUUUCUCAGCCCUGGGUUUCAAUAUCAAAAAUCCGUCCGAUGAAAAGUUAGCUCUAAUCAAGACCUUUAUAACAAAAAAAAAUAAUGGGUUAUAUGCCGAGCCGAGUGGGAGUUAUUUCGAUUUUUCUGUCUAGAAACCGUGUUUUGAGAAAAAUGCUAAAGAAAUUUUAGAAACGGAUUUUUGCAUUAAAAUCCAGAACAAGUCAUGUUAUCGUGGUAUAUUCCACUGGACCGUCUAAAAGGACGUCAUAGAUGACGGCAGCUAGUGUCGUCUGACAUAGUGAUUAGUAUGAAAAUGUUCUAUUCAACGAUAAUGCUAGUGGGAACGC